AUGCCGCGAAUCCCGCCAUGGCUCUUUCGCAAGGCCAAUCGUCGCUCACCCAACGUUGCUGCACUGCUCCCGGCAUGCAGAGAUCUUCAAUCCGCCGUGAAUGAGCUGCGAUGGCUCAAAGAGCAUGUCCACGGCAUCACCCGCAUCCAGCAAGAGGGCCUGCUCUCCAGACUGUGCAGGAAAAGAGGGCAGGGCUAUCCUCUGCAGUACAUCUUGGGAUCCCAACCGUUUGGACCACUUGAUAUCAAAUGCCGCCCCGGCGUCUUGAUCCCCAGACCCGAGACAGAGGCCUACACCUACCACCUAGCUGACCUUAUCAAGGCCGGGAGCUUGGGGGUUGGUGCAUCGGACCAGAGUCUUGGUAUUGUCGAUUUCUGCACGGGCACGGGCUGCAUACCUCUACUUCUCUAUGCGUUGCUCUCCAGACGAUUUGAACGCUUAGAGGUUCUGGGAGUGGACAUCUCUACUCGAGCGGUCAGCCUUGCCAGAGCCAAUGUUGCUCAUAAUAUCAGACUUGGCCAUCUCCCAAGUAUGCGGCCAAAUCACACCGUCGAUAUUCUACAAGGGGAUAUCUUUCAGGACCAAAUCCUAGAAAAACUCCAAGAACAAACCUGGGACGUCAUGGUAUCUAAUCCACCCUACAUUUCCCGGCGAGCGUGGCACUACGGUGGUGGCCAGAUUGGACACUCGGUUCGCAAGUAUGAGCCGUCCUUGGCCUUGGUCCCCGGAGACGACAUUCCCAUUCCUACAGCUUGGGAGCAUGAAGACGUCUUUUAUGCCCGAUUGUUAGACAUCGCUUCCAGACUCAGGCCGAAAGCGAUGCUUUAUGAGAUUGGUGAUGAGAUGCAGGCGGUUCGUGUUAUUUCACGAUUUUCUCAGCACAGACUCUCCGUGGGCUCACACAUAGAGGUUUGGCGAGAUUGGCCGGACACAACGCCAAGCCAUGAAGAGGGCUCUCUGCUGGAAACGACGACAGCUGAUGGGCGUAGCCAAACAGUCCUUGCAAAGGGUAGCGGAAACAUACGUUCCAUCUUCAUUACACUUGGCUCCUGA